GUUUUUCCAAGUUCCAACCACCACCCGCGUACAUACCUAAACCUAAAGCAACGUGUUUGGGCAUUCAUCAAGGAAACUUAAAAAUCCCCCCUUUUUUUUUUCUCUGGUUCUGAGACUUUAAUUAACUUUCAGAUCACAUAAGAUUCAUGGCAAAUUCAGCACUUGAUAAUUCUGUGAAGAAGCUUAUUAAAAUCGAUGUGAGUUCCGACACUGUCUGCCCAUGGUGUUUUGUGGGCAAGAAGAACCUUGAGAAAGCUAUGGAACAAAUGAAGGAACAAUUUGAUUUUGAGGUACGAUGGCACCCUUUUUUCCUUAAUCCUUCUGCACCAAAAGAAGGCAUUAAAAAGUCGGAAUUUUAUGAGCAAAAGUUCGGGGCUCGCCAAUGUGCACAAAUAUUGUCUAGAAUGAGCGAGAUUUUUCGUGGUCUUGGGCUUGAAUACGAUAUGUCUGGGCUAACAGGAAACACACUGGACAGUCAUCGACUUAUCACAUUUGCUGGUCAUCAAGGCUAUGACAAACAAAAUGCUCUUGUAAGCGAGCUGUUCUUCAAUUACUUCUGUGAGGGAAAAUACAUUGGAGACAGUCAAGUGCUUCUGGAUGCUGCUGCAAAAGUUGGUGUGGAAGGAGCAGCUGAACUGCUUGGAGAUCCAAAUAAUGGACUUGAGGAGGUCAACCAAGAAGUUGAGAAGUAUUCAGCAAACAUUUCAGGCGUCCCUCAUUUUGUGAUAAAUGGAAAGUACAAGCUGAGCGGUGGCCAACCACCAGAGACGUUCUUGAAGGCAUUUCAAGUUGCUGGAAAGGAAAGCUCCUCCUGAUAGUUAGCCAGAGCCCUUCUCUGUUUUCUCUGUUCAUUCAUGUGCUGAAUAACAUUAUCACAUCUAUAGAAACUAGAAAUUGAGACUAUAAUGCUUGAUAUAUUCUCAACUUUUAUGUAUGUAUGUAUGUAUACCUAUUUCUGUAAGAUGAUUAUUCAUCAAUACUGCAGUUCCUUUCAAUUUAGUUGGGAGAAAGAAAUAAUGUUCUGAUUGUGAAUCCAUGCGAAAACAUUCAGAAAUCUUUUAUCCUUUUCAGUGAUCAAGUAGCUGUUGUUGUGUAAUAUAUCACUGAAAUCACUUAACCAAAUAACAGACUUGAUACUUUUUUAUGACAGAGAAGUGUCCAACUUGUCUUUGUAUUGAUACCUUCGAAGAAGCAGUGUCUGCUUUUUGGCCAGAUGUGGUACUUUCAUGUCUUUGAAAUCAAAUUCCUUGUCGAUUGUACCAAAUACAUUGAUCAAGCUUUUGUGGUGAAAAUCAUGAAGACGAGAUCAGCAUCCAAUGUUGGUUUAUGAGAUAACCAUGCAUGAAAUGUCAGAAUGACAAGUUUUACAGUAAGAUUCCUGCAUUUUAUUCAUGGUGUUCAUUAUGAAAAGGUGGUGGAAAUGCUAAGAAGGUGGCCCAACACCUUCAUGCCUAGCACGUUGAGAAUGGAGCCCACUUAUAAAAACAAAAAGAAGAAAAAA